AUGAGUCAAUCGACUUACGAGGAGCUUACAGCCAGUUUUUACAAGUAUCAAGUGUGGUAUCUCAAGUUGUUGGGCGUGUGGAGCCUGCAGGAUUACGCCACAAGGCAGCAACGUGUGUGGCAUGCACUGCGCUGUGGACUCAUCUUUGUGAUUGUGUCCAUAAUGCUGUUGUUCUUCGCAAUACACGUGCUGGCCAAUAUUGAUCAGAUAAGCGUUAUACUUGAGGUGUUCUUCAUGUUCGCCACUGAGCUGUCCUGCAUGACCAAGCUGCUAAGCAUUAAGCUGAAAUCUGCCAACCAUGCCAGGAUCCUAACGCUGAUGCAUUCCACUGCCUUUCAGCCGAUAUCUUCCAGGGAAUACCAGAUUUAUAUGCGCGGCGCUGCUCGUUCGGUCAAGUGGCGAAAUAUAUAUGCCUUUACUUCGUUGCUGGCAGCUUCUUUAAUACUAGUCACGCAGUGGUUUGUGGACAGCAGCGCCCUGCCUCUGUCCAUGUACGAGCCGUGCAAUCUGGCUAGGGACAGCUGCUACUACGGCCUCUAUUUGUAUCAGGUGCUGUCGCUGAUGCCAUCCUGUUGGCUAAACAUCUCCUUCGAUUCGGUGUGCGGCUCACUGCUCUUCUUCCUGGAGACGCAGCUGGCCAUGUUGUCCGCUCGUCUGCAGAGCUUGGGCGCCGCUGAGACCCCGCCGGAUAACGUGAGCGUUGCGAUGGAGUUGCGUGAUUGCUGCCUGUAUUAUGGGAACAUUGUGAAGCUGAAGGAGAUGGUAGUUAAUCUUAUCAGGGUACCUGGUUCGGUGCAGAUGCUCUGCUCGGUGCUGGUGCUCGUCUCGAAUUUCUAUGCCCUUUCCAUUCGGACGAGCGAAACGGCAUUCAUGAUAAUGUUGGGAUCGUAUCAGUUUGUCAUGCUCAUGCAAAUCUUCAUAACAUGCUAUGCAGCUGACGAGAUGAGCGGUCAAAGCGCACUACUCUCCCAUGCGCUGUACAGCUCGGAGUGGACCACCUGGAACAAGACCAAUCGCAAGAUGUGUCUCUUAAUGAUGUUGCGCCUAAGUAAGCCGCUGGAGGUGCACACCUUAGACCACACACAGAGCUUUAAUUCCCUGACCUUUGCAUCUAUUGUGAACUGCUCCUACAGCUAUUUUGCGCUGCUCAAGCGGGUCAACAGUUAAAUUUGGCGCCAAUAGACAACAUAUGUACUUGGCUUCAGCACGCCCGACACGCACUGACUGCAACGCCUAUCGAUGAUCGAUAAACGAUAGGUUAGAUAUUUUCUUGCACUGUUGUUAUUUGCACUAGUUUGUUGAUUGUUUGAAAUAAAAAAGCACUAA